GGGCGGUGCCGGCUGCCUUCAAUGUGGCCGGAGCCCCCUGGCAGCGAAGUUGAAGGCUGGGGUUGGGCUGAGCUACGCCUGCCAUGGCUCCUCUGGCCGGGAUCGCCUUGCUUCUUCUCGCCUGCUGGAUGCUCCUUUUGGCCCCGGGGGCCCCGCGGAGUCCCGGGGAGAACGAUUCUAUUUUGAGAAAUCUAGAGGAAUACAGGCUGGUCAUCCCAACUAGCACAGACUCAAAAGGCAGAUUCGUCUCCAAAGUCGUGUCGGGAGCAUCAAAGAGGCGUUUCCCAAGAGACACCAGGGAUCUUCCUCAGGACGCUGCAGGCAAGGAAAUUUUUUACAAUGUCACUGUUUUUGGACAAGAAUUCCACUUUAGAUUAAGGCCAAAUUCCCGGCUGGUGGCUCCUGGAGCAACUGUGGAAUGGCAGGAGGAUUCAAACAUCACCUACACUGAGCCGCUUCAUGGGGAUUGCCUCUAUGUGGGGCAUAUCACGGACUUGCCUAAUGCUUCUGUUGCUAUCAGCAAUUGUGAUGGGCUGGCUGGCAUGAUUCGCACGGACAAGGACGAGUAUUUCAUUGAACCUCUGAAGAAGGGGAAACAGGAGGAGGAAGAAGGAAGGACCCAUGUGGUAUACCGCAGGACAGCUGUCAAGGGAACAUUUCUCAGAGAGCACCCAGACACCCAGCCUAGAGGUAAGGUUACGGUGGUCCUGAAAAGUGAUUCCUGA